CCGGUCGUUCAGUGACGAGCGUGCGUUGUACGGGGCAAUAAGCGCUCGAGGAGCGUAGCAGGCCUAGAACCCCGGGCUUGGCUUCACGCAGCAGCACUUGACUAGUUACAAGUUUUGCCGGAUCUGAUGUCGAGAUGAUCUGUACACCAUCCAGUUCGUACAUCCGUCGUCGAAUUGUCAGCAAUUGCCAGGGCGAUUUUCGUGUCGUUUGUCCAAUCGGACAUGGAACGGAAGGCGAACAGCGCCUGCUUCAUUGAACCUAGUCGGCGAUUCAACACGAAAACACUGUCUUUCCAUUGACUAUUGACAUUUGCGAUACGUUCGUAGUAAACAUUAUUGUGAUUGCGUGAGUGAAUACUACGCUAUUCGGUUUCAGUGUCUGGUCUACUUCGCUUCGGAUCCCCAAGUGGCGUACGGCGAAGCCAGUCACCUUUCGGAAAUAUAGGUUGUCACAUAUAGCACAAAAGGCAAAAACGUUUACUUAGAAGACACAGAGCACCUUUCACACUAAUCAGUUAUCGGUAUGUGAUAACAGUCGACGCACAGACCGCGCAAAGACCGCGAUAGUUGGUGGUUAGCAGGUUUCCAUCCAGGUCAGCUGUCUACAGGCAUUAGAAAAGCAGUGGCGUGUUGUAGUGAUGGUAACGGUGGCCAGGAGCUAACGGUGGAACAUGCGGGGAGGCGCAGGGGCGGCCGGCACUGCGGACUCUGCUCGCUGGUCGCCCGCGCCUUCCGGCGCGCGGUCUGCGGCGCCCCAAGCCGCAGGGGCAGCGGGGAGUCUUACCAGGAGCUGACGGCGCCACAACCGGAAGAGGAGGUCACUAAAACUCCUGGCGUUACCAUCGACAUCACAGAACAAAACGCGAUGUAUAUCAAGAUGGUUGCUCCAGUGGAAACUCCAAGACUGCAAACAUAUUUCUCCAAAGAAGACUGGAUAUUAUUAGAUGCCAUGGGUUCGAGCUCCACCCAAAGGAGUUCUGGCCGAUUUCUUACGAUGCACAAACGCCGUCGUAAGAAGCUUACAACGCGCUCUCUAUAUCAGGACUAUGCAAUACUUGAUGAUAUUCAUCACGGUCUAGUUCAAAAAAUGUUGGAAUACUGUGGGAGAUGGGCAUUCAACGCUUUUACAUUAGAAACAGUUGCUGGUGGCCGGUCCUUACCAGUUCUCUGCGUUCAUUUAUUCCAUUGGUACGGCCUUCUAGACUAUUUUAAUCUGGACGUGGUACGCGUUUGGAAACUAUUUACACUUAUCGAAGAAGGAUACCAUAGCACAAACCCCUACCAUAACUCUAUACAUGCCACUGAUAUUACCCAAGCCAUGCACUGUUUUCUUCAGGAAGAAAAGAUUCGUCGGCAUAUUACACCAUUAGAAAUAAUGGCGUCACUCAUUGGUGCAGUGGCUCAUGAUCUGGAUCAUCCGGGUGUCAACCAACAUUUUCUUAUAUCUACUUCUAAUCAUCUUGCAAUUUUGUAUCAAAAUAAAUCGGUGUUAGAAAAUCAUCAUUGGAGAUCAGCAGUUGGUUGCCUAUUGGAAAGUGGUGUGGCAGAACAGUUGACACCAUACAGAGACGAAUUAGAACUGCUCAUCCGUGAACUCAUUCUUGCCACUGAUAUAAAUAGACAACAGGAGUUCAUCACAAGAUUCAAAAAAAAUUUGGACGAAGACAGUUUGGACAUGACUAAACCAGAAGACAGGAGCUUCAUCCUUCAGAUCGCACUGAAGUGUGCCGACAUCUCGAAUCCCACAAGACCGUGGGACAUAUCCCAGAAGUGGAGCAUGAAGGUUUGCGACGAAUUCUUCAGGCAGGGGGAGUAUGAGAGAAAGCUCAAUCUUCCAGUGACUUCCAUUUGCGAUCAGCAAUCGACCUCAGUUGCCAAAAUCCAAGUUGGUACGUUGCAGAUACGUUUCUUCAAGUUUGUAGCAGCUCCCCUUUUCACCGAAUGGCAUCGUUUCUUGAGAAGCAAGCUGUCGACCAGAAUGAUCAAUUUGUUGGAGUCCAACCGUAAACGGUGGGAAAAUCAAGAAAAAGUCGAACAGGCAGAAGAGACCCAGACUGAACUGUCCGACGCUGAAGCGGAGAUCAGUGAAGAUGAAGAGGCUACGAAGCAUUCGUCCGAAAUCACAAGCAUCAUGGAUUUCAUUCCUCCUCCUAACAGGGAUAACCGAAGACAAUCAUUAGCUGUACCCUCAUUCGAAAGUAGCCUUGGCGUUAGGAGGCACUCUGUGCCAGUAAACUUGGAUCCAGCACUGCCUCACACUAUAUACCGCAGAGAGAGCCUACCAGUGGCCCGCAACAACUCUUCCUCUUCUGGUGCUCGCAACGUUGUCAGUCCAAUACGCAGCGAUUCCAGAGCAUCUAAAUCUUCUAGUGGGCUUAAAGAAGAAGACGAAUUCUUCAAAUAUGGUUCACAGUCUUCCUUCUCUAGUCCUAGGCUCUCUUCUGGAGGAGAUGAUGAUCCAGAGAGACCUCUUAGCGCAGAAAAUCUGUUGCCGGAACCAAGUAUUGCAUCAAUGUCUAGCAGUUCAGCCUUAGUUAAACUUUCGUCGGUAUUGCAGGGUAAUGUGGUUGCACCGGUGUCGAAGUGCCUAACAAGGCAGCAAACCUUCCCACCGCCUCAACCUUACAGCAGAAUGCGUUAUAUGUCGGCUACUGUUGAGAUGACAACCUAUCCUGAAACGGUGCUCGAAGGGGACAGCAACUCGCAUUCAUCUCAAGGCUCACACGAAAACAUAUCAUCAGGACUUCCGCCACAGUAUCCGAUACCAUCGAUAGCUGUGCUGAGUCCAAACAACAGCAGACCCCCGGAUCUGCUUCUACCUGAGCAACAGCAGCAACAGAAAGCACAAACGUCUAUGCCAAAAUCAAUACUCGUGAGUAGAGAGACUGAAUCCAUUGACAAGGAGAAGGCUUGUAAGGCCUUGAAGCUGUUCGAAGCCGGACAAAGAUACGAGAAGGAAAAUGUAGACCCUAGAAAGCCACCAACGGGGUUAUCGAAAAGAAGAGGAUCUGUUCCUGUUACGUUACCUUUAGGAAGAACAGACGAUAAUCAGUCUCCUGCAGGCAGGGGAACAGUUAUUGUCGGUUCCCAGACUUUGAGAAGAGGUUCAGUACCUGUUGAAAUUGCUCAUUAUUAUACUUUUGAAGAUGAAAAUAUCGAGACUGUAGUGAACAUAACCCCAGUUGAAACGACCCGCACGUUCUGGCAGUACCAGCGCCGGGGUUCGGCACCAAUGGACCAACCCACCAAAGGUGCCGACCACAAGGUGGAUAUGACGCUCACAAGGCAUACCAGCCUCAACGGCAAGGCGGGUAGGCGCAAAAGGCAGCUCUAUAGGCGGAGUUCGGGCGGGCCCGAAACUGUCCUGCUGCCUGACCUUGGGCCAGAAACCUAUUCUCGUCUUCUACUCCGUAAACCUGAAAAUCCUGACGCGCUGCUGGCUCGGCGUAGGGGAUCACUGCCAAUUGAAGUCCUAACUGUUGGGCAUUCUGUGUUUUGACGAUUGCCUCUAUGAGAAACAGAGCUUUGGACCCACCAUCCAACAAGCAAUAAGGACCAACACUGACUGACAUCCAUCUUCACUAGAUAGCUCAUUAUUUAUUAUUAUCAUUAAGAAUAAGCCAAAUAAUCAUGAAUGUUCUAGUUGUCACUGUAAUUGUUGAAAUUUGUGUUAAAAAAUGAAACGGUAUGCAAUUUGGAUAGUUCUUCGUAGAUUAGAUAGAAUAAAUCAUAAGUAUGUUUAUUUUACUUAUGAUUGCCCCCCCAUGUUUGACUCAAUACUUUGUAUUGUAUGUACAACUUAUGAAGGUAUUAAAAUAAUUGUAAUUUUUUA